UGCUUUUAGAGAUUUCCUCUGGGUCAUCCAAAAUGCCUUUAAACGUAUUGGAUAAGAACUGAACCACCUGCCCGUGUGCGACUUCCGUACUCUCAGCUCCACUGUCUUCUGAUGGCAUUUUGACUGCAUCGAGACCAAGUGACCCACUGCUCAUGAUGAGUGACGAGAAGAACCUUGGGGUGUCCCAAAAACUGGUCUCACCUUCAAGGAGCAUAAGUAGCUGCUCCUCCAAGCAAGUAAGUCGACAGGACAGCUGGGAAGUGGUGGAAGGGCUGAGAGGAGAGAUGAGUUACACCCAGGAGCCUCCCAUUCAGAAAGGAUUUUUGCUGAAAAAGAGGAAAUGGCCCUUAAAAGGCUGGCACAAGAGAUUUUUCUAUCUGGACAAAGGAAUCUUGAAAUAUGCCAAGAGCGAAACCGAUAUCGAGAGAGAGAAGCUGCACGGCUGCAUUGACGUUGGGCUCUCGGUGAUGUCUGUAAAGAAGUCAUCAAAAUGCAUAGAUCUGGAUACCGAGGAGCACAUCUACCAUCUGAAGGUCAAGUCAGAAGAAGUCUUUGAUGAGUGGGUAUCCAAACUCCGCCACCACAGAAUGUAUCGUCAGAAUGAAAUCGCCAUGUUUCCACAUGAGGUUAACCACUAUUUCCCAGGAUCCACUGUCACAGACUCCACAUCUGGGGUCUUGGACUCCCUUUCAAGUAGGAAGCGUAGCAGUAUAUCAAAGCAGAACUCGAUUCAAACUGGAAGCAAUUUAUCAUUUUCUUGUGCUGGUGAGACACGAGUUCCAUUAUGGUUACAAUCUUCAGAGGACAUGGAGAAAUGCUCAAAAGACCUGGCACACUGUCAUGCCUACCUGGUGGAAAUGAGCCAGCUCCUACAAAGUAUGGAUGUCCUGCAUCGGACAUAUUCGGCACCUGCAAUCAACGCCAUCCAGGGUGGAGCUUUUGAAAGUCCCAAAAAGGAAAAACGAUCACACAGGAGGUGGCGGUCCAGAGCUAUUGGCAAAGAUGCUAAAGGAAUGCUGCAGGUCCCUAAACCUUUCUCUGGCCCAAUAAGACUGCAUUCCUCCAAUCCUAAUUUGUCAACGUUAGAUUUUGGAGAAGAGAAAAAUUACUCUGAUGGCUCUGAAACCUCGUCAGAGUUUUCUAAAAUGCAAGAAGACCUGUGUCAUAUUGCCCAUAAAGUUUACUUCACUUUAAGGUCAGCUUUUAAUACCAUAUCAACAGAGAGAGAGAAGCUGAAGCAGCUGAUGGAACAGGAUGUCUCCUCCUCCCCCUCUGCCCAGGUCAUCGGCCUGAAACACGCCCUGUCAUCUGCCCUAGCACAAAACACAGACCUUAAAGAACGUUUACGCAGAAUCCAUGCUGAGUCUCUGCUCCUCGAUUCCCCCGCUGCUGCCAAGUCGGGUGACGGUCUGGCAGAGGAAAACUCCAGAGAUGACAGCCGAGCUCUGGUCCAUCAGCUUUCCAACGAGAGUAGACUCUCCAUCACAGACUCCCUUUCGGAGUUUUUUGAUGCACAGGAAGUUCUGUUAUCUCCAAGCUCUUCAGAAAAUGAGAUUUCUGAAGAUGACUCCUAUGUCAGUGACAUAAGUGAUAACCUUUCCUUAGACAAUCUCAGUAAUGACUUAGAUAAUGAGAGACAGACCUUGGGGCCUGUCCUCGAAAGUGGUGGGGAAGCCAAGUCCAAACGAAGAACUUGCUUGCCGGCCCCGUGCCCCAGUGCCAGUACCAUCAGCUUGUGGAACAUCCUGCGGAAUAACAUCGGGAAGGAUCUGUCCAAAGUGGCCAUGCCGGUGGAGCUGAAUGAGCCCCUGAACACACUGCAGCGGCUCUGUGAGGAGCUGGAGUACAGCGAGCUUCUGGACAAGGCCGCACAGAUCCCCAGCGCCUUGGAAAGAAUGGUGUACGUGGCAGCUUUUGCCGUAUCGGCAUAUGCAUCUAGCUACUUCCGAGCUGGGAGCAAGCCCUUUAAUCCUGUUCUUGGAGAAACAUAUGAGUGUAUCCGUGAGGACAAAGGCUUCCGGUUCUUUUCAGAACAGGUCAGCCACCAUCCACCUAUCUCUGCUUGUCACGCUGAGUCUGGAAAUUUUGUUUUCUGGCAAGAUGUGAGAUGGAAAAACAAAUUCUGGGGCAAAUCUAUGGAAAUUGUUCCCAUUGGCACAACCCAUGUGACUCUGCCAGCCUUCGGAGAUCAUUUUGAGUGGAACAAAGUGACCUCUUGCAUCCAUAACAUCUUAAGUGGGCAGAGAUGGAUUGAGCACUACGGAGAGAUUGUCAUCAAGAACCUGAACGAUGACUCCUGCCACUGCAAAGUGAAUUUUAUAAAGGCGAAAUACUGGAGCACUAACGCCCGUGAGAUUGAAGGUACAGUAUUUGACAAGAAUGGAAAAGCGGUGCAUCGGCUCUUCGGGAAAUGGCAUGAAAGCAUCUACUGCGGUGGCUCCUCUUCGUCCGCUUGUGUCUGGAGAGCGAAUCCCAUGCCAAAGGGCUAUGAGCAAUAUUAUGGCUUCACACAGUUUGCCCUGGAAUUAAAUGAAAUGGACCCAUUGUCAAAGUCUUUAUUACCACCUACUGACACUCGAUUUAGACCAGACCAAAGGUUUCUCGAAGAAGGGAACAUAGAAGAGGCUGAAAUACAAAAGCAGAGAAUCGAACAGCUGCAGAGAGAAAGGCGGCGGGUCUUAGAAGAAAACCGCGUGGAGCACCAGCCCCGGUUUUUCAGGAAAUCCAAUGAUGACUCCUGGGUGAGCAACGGCACCUAUUUGGAACUUAGAAAAGAUCUUGGUUUUUCCAAACUGGACCAUCCUGUCUUAUGGUGAAAAAGGAAAGCAGAGUGAUACACCCUUCUACUUCUCCUGUGUUUGCUUUCUGAAGCCACACACCUGUGUCUGUGUAUUUAAAAGAAAUUAUUUAGAAUGAUCACCUGUGCUUAGCUUAGCGUUGUAAGUAUUUAAGUAUGUAUUUUCUUCAGUAGGUUUCUUUACAAUUUCAAAGUUAUCACGAUUGUUUAUAUGAAUGUAGAACACCUUGAUAUUUCAUUUUAUAUAUAAACUAUUUAAUAAAAAUGAAAGAUUGAA